UAUAUUUAAAUGAAUAAUAAAUUUUUUAUUAUUUAUAUUAUAAAAAACACGUCGUUGAGAAUAAAACCAAAUGCAUUAUGGGUGAAAACGGAAUACCGGAAAUGAACUAUUAUUUUUUCAUUGGUUUCUAACACAAGCGUGUCUUUAAUGUUAAUGUUUACCGUUGUCUAAAACAACCUCGUGUGUAUUUUACAACGAUAAAAUUAACUUUUUUUUUAAAAUAAAUUAUAAAAUUUAUGUUAUUAGCUAAAUAAUUAUUUAAAUAUUUAAAUCACCUCUAAAUCUUAUACGCAAGUAAUUAAAUGUGUGUUUAUUUAAUUGCCAUGACACGAAACCGAAUUACUAUAAAUAAUAAAUAAUUUUAUUAAUUGUGGGUGAAAUAAAUAUUAUAAAUAAUAAUGAGGUAAAAUAAAUAUUAAAAGUAAAAGUUAUUUAGAGAAUGUAAAAGUUUUGAUAAUUAAGUUAAUGGAAUUUUGGCGGCAGACUGUGAUGACGUAGAUGUAUUGUAAUCGGUGAGGGGGCGGUAAGGAGAAAAGAGUCGAGUGGUUAAAAGUAUCAUCAUCAUCAGCAAGAGCAGCAGCAGCAGUAGUUUGCGGCAGAAAAGGAAGAGGAACACCGGAAUUGAACCAGUCGGUACGUCGCGGAAGAAUGCGUAGCCAUUGUUGGUGCUGCAAUCAUUAGUUUAUAGAUCUUCAUAAUAGUGGAUUUUGAAUAUUAUUAUUUCUAUACGAAAUAGUUGUUAAAUAUUCCGUCAGCUUUAUAAUAAAAUGACUUGAUAAAUCUAAACUGUGUGUAAUUAAAUAUUUAAAUGUCUAAAUUCGUGGACGUGAGGUGAGUGGAGAUGAUGUUUAGUCGUUGCGUCUGAUCGUUUGGUGGCGUAUACGAACUGAACGCUCGCGCAAGUUCCUAUACCUAUACAAGAGCGAUAUAGUAUAAGUACAUAGGUGAAUGUCGGUAGGGUCGGUAGUGAGUGAGUAAGUGAGUGAGUAAUAUACUCGUAUAAGUGAGCAAUACAGUGGGGCAACUCAGCGGCAGCCAUAAUACCACCAACGGACCAACGAAACUUAACGAGCUGGGAGAAAGCGUAGUGUUAGAGUGUCCGAUGAGUUGUGGUUGUGUUUUUAAUUUUAAAUUACGUGGAUAGUAAACGUUUGAGUGAUCAGAUGUUGCUAGUAUUACGAAUCCUGGGUGGAGUCUUGGCGAAUCACAUGAGGGUACAGGGCUGACAUUCAAGUCUCUACCUUUUGGUAGGCUUGAGUUGUGUUAUGUCUCUUCGGCAUCAAUCUCCCUGGUCGCAGCCAAAACAUCUCAGCAAGCAAAUAUCGAGCUACCAUGCUAAAAACAAAAUAUAUUUUUCUCAACUCAGUUGUUGAUGAAGCUUCGUAGCAUCAAGCAUCAGCAUAAGACAGUAACCUGCCACGUAGCAUUUAUGUACCAUUUAUGUCGGAAAGAAAUCAAGUCAACAUGCAGCAGGUGGAUACCAACUCGCAAAAUAAUUCCUUAGAUGUGGAAGAACGAGAUAGGCUGUGUAAAAUACCGAAGGCAAGUGCACCAGGAUCACAAUCGGUACCAGCAAAAACACCGCCACCACGUGAAGAGCCCACGAUAGAGCCAGUAAAUGGAGUGGUUCAACCACCAGUAGUACCUCCACCAAAUCGUCCAGGACGAAUCACGAAUCACCUUCAGUUCAUUCAAAAAGGAAUACUGAAGCCACUAUGGAAGCAUCAGUUUGCUUGGCCUUUUCAGCAGCCCGUCGAUGCAAAGAAACUCAAUUUACCAGAUUAUCACAAAAUCAUAAAAUAUCCAAUGGAUUUGGGUACGAUAAAGAAACGGUUAGAAAAUACGUACUAUUGGUGUGGAAGCGAAUGUCUUAAAGACUUCACUACAAUGUUUUCCAAUUGCUAUGUCUACAACAAACCCGGAGAGGAUGUUGUAGUGAUGGCUCAAUCACUCGAGAAAAUAUUUACCACCAAGCUUUCACAAAUGCCAAAAGAAGAAAUAGAACUCGAACCUCCCGUUCCAAAAGGACUAAAAGGUAAAAAAGCAAGGGUUGGUGGACCUAUGAUCGGUGGAACUCCAGGAGUUACGCCGGGAGUCGGUCGAGGUCGACCUUCCUCUGGAGCAGCGACAGUCAGUUCCAGUGUACCAAACAAUCUUCCACCUGCUGCAACAACAGCAGGAACGACUGGUGUCUUGCCAAUACCACCUUUAGGUACUCAAGCACCAGUAUUUGUGCCUGGAAGUACCAAUACAACAACAAUCGCACCUCCAGCCAGUAUAGGCGUCACGUCAAUGGCUACUCAUAAUUCUCUACCGCAACAAGUGGUUCCUCCACCCAGUGGAUAUCACGCGCAACCUGUGAUAGAUCCUCAAGCAGCUGCUACUGUACCUGCUCCUCCACAAGUCCCAACUACACCUACAGUAAUGCCACCUUCACAGCCUGCUAAAGUCAAAAAAGGGGUGAAGAGAAAGGCUGAUACGACGACACCCACCGCCAAUUCAUUUGAACCCAUGUAUCAACCCAUGGAAUCAAAAAAUGCUAAACUUCCUACGAGAAGAGAAUCAGGCAGACAGAUCAAAAAGCCGUCGAGGCAAGCGGAAGACGGCCUUGUGCCAUUCCAUCAGGCCAACAUGCCCCUCAUCGGGGUGAUGGCCCAACAGCCCCAACAUGUCGGCGGUAAAUCAAAAGAGAAACUCUCGGAUGCUCUAAAGUCUUGCAAUGAAAUACUUAAAGAAUUAUUUUCAAAAAGACAUUCGGGUUACGCCUGGCCAUUUUACAAACCUGUAGAUGCCGAGCUAUUGGGGCUUCACGAUUACCAUGAUAUCAUCAAAAAGCCCAUGGAUUUGGGUACUGUAAAGACAAAAAUGGACAGCCGUGAGUACAAAACGGCCCAAGAGUUUGCCAGUGAUGUACGGCUUAUCUUCACAAACUGCUACAAAUACAAUCCUCCUGACCACGAUGUUGUGGCAAUGGCUAGAAAACUACAAGACGUCUUCGAAAUGAGGUAUGCUAAAAUUCCCGAUGAGCCUAUUGGAGGAAUGGCAGCAGUAAAUCGUAGUAGUAGUAGCGGUAGUAGUUCAGGUUCCGAAUCGUCAUCGGAAAGUGAGGAUUCUGAGGAAGAGCGUACACAAAAACUCCUUGCUCUUCAACAAGAACUAAAAGCAAUGCAAGAAAAAAUAAAAAAAGUUGUUGAGGAAUCUGGUAAAAAGAAAAGUAAAAAAAGUAAAUUAGAUAAACCUAAAUCUAAACCUAUGAGUAGUAAAAAUGUUGGACUUGUUGGAAGUCAUAGUGGUGCCAUGAAGGAACUAAUGAAACCGAGUGUUGGCAUGCAAAAUGUUUCUGAUAGUGUCGGUGCAAGUAUAGCUAGUGUUGCGAUGGGGGCAGGUGAUCUUAAAAUGCCCAGUGGUUUACCUGUAGGUGUUGGUAUGGGUUUACCUGGUGAUCAUCAUGCGGCAUUGGCCGUCGGUCCUAAUAAAACUCAUUCUAGUGUUGCUGCGGCAGCAAGUGUUAAACCUAAAGGUAAAACUAGAGGCCCUGGAAAGUCUGCUACAACAAAUGCUGCUAGUAAACGACCGAAAACGAAUAGUAGGUCGACUAGUAAUAAAAAGAAAAAUGCUGCUAAUUUACCACCUCCAAUGCCCUUUGAUUCUGAAGAUGAGGAUAACGCUAAACCUAUGUCUUACGAUGAAAAAAGGCAACUCAGUUUAGAUAUUAAUAAACUGCCAGGUGACAAGUUAGGAAGAGUAGUUCAUAUUAUUCAAUCUCGAGAGCCUUCGUUAAGAGAUUCAAAUCCCGAUGAAAUUGAAAUUGAUUUUGAAACUCUUAAACCCUCGACGCUGAGAGAAUUAGAAAGCUAUGUUGCUUCGUGUUUGAGAAAAAAAAUACAUAAAAAGGUCAGUGGUAAAUCUAAAGAUGAACAGAUAGCAGAAAGAAAACAAGAACUUGAAAAAAGAUUACAAGAUGUAACUGGACAACUAGGCAAUGUAAAGAAAACUACUAAAAAAGAAGACAACAGUAAAUCAGUAGAUGUAGUUGGUUCCGCAGGAACGAGUGGACCAUCGCGGUUGUCGGCGUCAAGCAGUAGUAGCAGCGACAGUGAUUCCAGUAGUAGUUCGUUAUCAUCGAGUUCGAGUGAUUCGAGCGACAGCGAAGCAGGAGCCUCAACAAAUCGUCCACCGAGGAAGAAAACUAAAAAAACAGCUAAUGCUGUUCCAUCUUCAAACCUCACAAUUACACAGCUGGCUUCUGUAAAUCAUACAGGAAACCUUCUCAUAAAUAACCAAUCUACAAACUCCACGGGACCAGUUACUAAACCAAUAGUAACCCAAUCUAAUGCAAUGCCCAUUGAUCAUGGUGGUAAUCAACAAGCAAUUGGAGGAACUACCGCUGUAACUGGGCCUCAAGGAAUUGCAAUAUCAAGUCAUACCUCAAUGCCGGCUCAACCAUCGAGACCAACAGCGUUGGCAACGGCAGCGCCGAUGAAGAAAAAAACACCACCACCCCCAGCGACAACAUCUAAUCCACCAACGCCUUCAGUGUCAGUACCAACCCCACCACCUAGUGUAACACCGACAAAUGCAAAUGCAUCAGUAACAUCACCAAUUAUAUCUCAAGCAACGACAAUAGGAACUUUUCCACCGAUAAAUACGAUAUCUGCUAAUACUGAAACUACGAUCAAUCAACCAGACCUUAUGCAGCCUUAUAAUCCUUUAGGAUCUAUAACAACGAGUCAGUCGUCGGUAGAAAUGAAUUUGAGUAAUGUCAAAAAAGAAACAGGACACGUAUCAAUGGUUCAAAAUAUUCAUCAGACGACAGGAAAUAAUAAUGCAAAUGUUAAUUUAAUGACAGAUAUUAAAAAUUCAGUAAAUAUGAUGCCAACAAAUAUGCCAUCAAAUUUGUUAAGCAAUAUUGGUAUGGGAAAUAUUAAUCUUAAUUUACAACAAAAUCUUGGGUCAGCAUUGUCAUUACAAAAUCAAUUGGAAAAUAUGAUUAAUUCAACGCAAUUGAAUAAUAUACAAAAUGCUCACAACAUGGCAAUGAAUAAUCAGCAGCAUUCAAAUGGUUUUUCAAAUAUAAAACGUGAAAAUUCACCGUCUAUGAUGAAUAAUAAUGGCAUACCCGGUUUAAAUAUGCCAAUGAAUAUAUCAACCAUGGCAUCUAUAUUUGAUCCAGUCGCACCAAUGGUUUCUAUGCCAAUGCAAAUCCCUCAACUCUCUGUCAAAAAAGAUGAACGGCCUCAAAUAACCCAAACUCAAACACCUCACAAACCUAUGGAUGCGGGAGCUUUCUUUGCAGAGAUGAAUUCAUUAGGAAUGCCAGCGAUAAGCAAUCACUCUAGCACCCAAAUAUUGCCUGAGAAAAAAAUGACACCGCCUGAUUCGAAAAAUUCAGCGGCUAAUUUUGCAUCGGCUUUUAAAAAUAAGACUGUUGAGCAAAACGUUAAAAAUGCAUCGUCAUGGUCGUCGUUGGCGCAAUCUGCGAGUCCACAAUCAGCAGCAGGAAGUAAUAUAAAAAGAGAUUCUUCAAGGGACUCUUUCUUAUCGUUCAAGAAACAAGCCAAAGAAAAACAAGACAGGCAACGCGCAUUAAUGGAACAACAAGAGAUGCGAAGACAACAAAAAGAACAAGAGAGAUUGCGUCAGGAACAUGAACGAAGAAGAGAACGUGAAGAAGAGGAUGCUUUAGAUAAAGUAUUGAAAACCGUUAAUGAUCAACAAGGAAUAACCAUAACAGCAACAUCACGUGCAGAAGAAAUGAAAGUCUCGACUGAAACUGAUAGUAGUAGUCCAAGUCAUUCAUCCAGUCAGGAUAAAGCUGCAGCCGAGCGUGAACGUCAAAGACUGCGGGAACAAGAUAGACGGCGUCGUGAGGCGAAUGCAAACAAGAUUGACAUGAACAUGCAGAGUGACUUGAUGGCUGCAUUUGAAGAAACAUUAUAAUAAUGUAAAUGCUCACAGCUCGUACAGACUUAAAUUAAUACCUUGCGGGACUUGGAAGAAGCGUUUUGCCGCUGGACGAUAAUAAUGAACUACUGAAUUUUUUUUUGUUAAUAUGAUAUAUAUAUAUAUAUAUAUAUAUAUAUAUAUAUAUAUAUAUAUAUAUAUAUAUAUCAAUAUUAUUAUUACCGUUAUUAAAGCAAUUAAUUAAUAUAAUAAUUGUAAUAAACAUGCGGUGAAGAAUAGUCAAAAUAAUAAUUGAUAAUAAUUAUUUUAAUCUGUUUCACGGAAUUUAUUGUCUACGGAUUAAUUGCUAAAACGAUAGUAAAAAAUUUUAUUUUAUCAAGGCAAAUAAAAAUUCAGAUAAUUAUAUAUAUAUAUAUUAAUUUUUAUUUUAUUAUUAUUAUUAUUAUUUUCAUUAGUUAAAAUUUAUUUCUUCGGUACAAUAAUAAUUUUUAAUUAAUUAUUGCGGUUGUGUAGUUGGACGAACACUUGAGUGUGACCAUAAUAUGUAAUUAAAAAAAAAUAUAUGAACACACUAAUUAACUAAAAAAAUAAAAUAACAUACAAGUAUAUAUGUUUUUUGAAAACAAAACUACACAAUGUUGGGGAAAUAAGUAGUGAUUAUUAUGAGUGUAUUAAAUCGAAUGUGUGAUUGAUGAGCAGGAUGAUGACGAAAUAACGUUAAAUAAAAAAAUAUAAUGAAAUAAUAGUGGACGUUGUGUAUAUUUAGUUAAGUUUUGUAUUUUUCCACAUUCAGUCCAUCAAUCAUUAAACUUGCAUAUACAGAAAAUUGAUUUUUGUCACUAGCAUUAGCGUAUUAAACUCUUGCUAUUAGAUAUUAUUAUUAUUAUUAAUUUAUAAACUUCAAAUUUGUUAAAUUAUAAAUACACGAAUCAUUAUUAUCUAACACAAAUAAAUAAAAUAUUAUAGGGAUCAUGAUCAUUGACAACAUUAAUUCAUAUGUGACAUAUAUACCGAAGUGGACGAUAAAUAAAUAAAAUUUGAUAAUUGAUUAUUUUGAUCAGAAGAAAAAAAUGAAAUAUUAUUCGCUUGAAAAGAAAAAAAAGUAAAUAAAGCUGUCAAUUAAAAUAAAAAUAUUUGAGAGUUUGAUUGCGCAGAAAAAAUAUUUCUUGGCGCAAAAAAGUUUUAUUCGCCCCAAGAAAAAUUUUGCAUUAUGAAUUGAAAACAAAAAUUUUCUUGAGCCAAGAAAUUAUUUUUGUCUGUGUGCUUGUGGCGUAAUUUGAUGUAAUAUAUUCGUAUAUUUAAUACGACGUGUAACCCAGAACUAUAUAUUGAAAUUAUUAAAUUUAUUUUUAAUUUAAUUUAAUAAAUAAAUCUGGGAUACUAUAAAACUAAUUGAGUAAAUACAAUAAAAUAUAUAUAUAUAAUACUGUUUGUACAUAUAUAAUAAUAUUAAUAAUAAUGAUAAUAAUAAUAAAAAAAAAAAAAAAAAUAAUAAUAAUAAUAAUAAAAAUAAUAAUAAUAAUAAUAAUAAUAAAGAAAGAACAUAUUUAGAAGAAGCGUCUUUGCUCGCGUCUUGCAAUAUUUAUUACACUUGAUAAGUGUGUCAUUGAUAAUUAAUAAUUAUUUUUUUUUCUAAUUGAUAACAAAUAUUUGUAUUGAAAUUAAAAAAAAAAAUUUUUAAAAGUACAAAAAUACUAAUAAUUUAUCGAAGUAAAAAAAUUAAAAAAAUCAUUCGUCCGAAUCGAAGUUUGUUUAAAAAUAAUUAUAUAAUUAAACGUUUGAAAAAAAUGUUAUUAUUUAGUAAUGCUGUUAGAAUAAAUAAAAAGUUGAUAUGUGAAUUGUAAAAUAUUAAAUUAUUUCUUAAGAAAAGUGGAAAAUUUUUUUUUUUUAAGUAUUUAAGUUUACUUUAUUUUUUUUUAAUUUAUUUUUAUUUGUUCCUUUUAAUGACAUUCUGUAAUUUCGUAUUACUAACAUUCAUUGAGCAUUAAUAAUAUUGUCAAUUGAAUUUUGUUAUAAAAACGAAAAAAACAAAAAAAAAUAAUGUAUAUUAUUAAAGUAUAUAAGUAGCAUUUUAAUUUCUUAUUAAACUUUAUUUAAUUUAUAUUAAAACCUGUAUUAUAUUUUUAAAAAUAAUAUAUUACCGUAAACUCUUCAUCAAGUAAAAUAGUUAUAUAUUUGUUCCUUCCGUAACUUACAAAAAUGAUAAUUAUAUUUCUUCAGUACUUUGAUGAAGAAUCUACUGUGUAAUUUUAAUUUUAUUAUUACUAUUAAUUAUUAAUUUCCUCUUAAAAAAUAUAUAUACCCAAAAUUAAAUUUUUGAUAUUUUCUAGUAGGCGCGACAUUGUCAUGCUUCUUCUCAUAAAAAAAAGAAAAAAAAAAUAAAUAAAUAAAUAAAACUAGAAAAAAAAGAAUGAAAAUUAUUCAAAUAAAAUGCGAUAAAAUAUUAAGUACGCAAAGUAUAAUAAUCAUAUACACAUUAAUUGAUAUGUGUAUCAGUCAGUUUAUAGUUUUAAUAAUAGCAAGUAGGCCGUCAUCUAACAAUUAAUUAUCGUAAUAUAUAUCAGCAUAAAAAAAAUAAUAAAAUAAACUGUAAAUGUGGAAGGAUAUAUAAGUAUAAAAUAUAAAUAACGGCCGCAAUUUAAAUUUAAUAAUAAAAAAAAAAAAGAAAAUAUUAACGUUUUAUUUUAACGUUAUUGAUUUAACUGGAAGCGCGUUAUUUCAUUUUAUUAUAAUAAUAGUAAUAAUAAUAAUAAAAAAAAACUCAGGUAUUCGUCUUCGCUUAUGAAGUUAUUGGUUUGUAAUAUAUUUAAUCAAUUGAUUAUUAUAAUGAAUAAAAACUAAACCAUUCAUUGAUAACUCAACCGUUGAGGUCUGGCUUCCAGUAAUUAAAAAAAAGAAAAACAAAAAAAAGAUUUAUAUGAUAAAACGUAUCGUGUUUUCUUCUCUACAUUUAAAUUACAUAAAUAUAUUGUUAUUAAUUAUUAAUCGUUAUUGUACGAAAACAUUAAUUAUUAUUAUUAUUAUUAUUAUUUUUUGUUUCAUUUAUUCGAGUGUUAAAAAAUUAAUUAUUAAUUUAAAAUGCUAAUUAUCGAAUUAGAUAUAAAGAUUAAAAAUGUAUCCAUUGUUAAAAAAAAAUUAAUGGUACUAUUACCCCAAGUGAUGUUUGUUCUGAAACUCAUGAAAAAAAAUGAAUAAUAACUAAUAAAAUAAUAAUAAUAAAUAACAAAGUUAACAAACAAUAUGUUUAGUAUUUAAAAAAAAAAUUAUGUGUGAUAGGUAUUAAUAGAUGUAUAAAUAUGAAGAUUUCUAAAUGUAAAUAUAGAAGAAAAAAAAGUAAAAUCAUUGGCAGCAAAUAACAUUCUUAUGUAUAAUAAAUUUAUAUAAACGAUUACUGAUAAUUAAUAAUUAUAAUUUCAUUCUUGUAAGAGAUAAGAUUUAUAAUAAUUAAAUUGAAAAGGAGGCCGAUAGACAGAUUGUGUAACUUAUUAGAUCUCAGCGUAAGAUUUAUUGUAGCAUUAUUAAUUUUUAAAAAAUAAGUAAACACCAAAAUCAUUAUCCGCUGUAUCAAAAUAAAUAAAAAUAAUAAUUUUUAUAUAAGUACCUAUGGGCGCACAUAAUUUUCAAUGGCACAUAAAAUUUUAGCGACAAUUAAAAUAAAAUUAAUAAAAAAAAUAAAUGUUAUUAAAUAUAAACUUAAUAUUAAUUAGUACUAAUAAUAAAAUGGUUGUACAUAAAUAAUAAUAAAAACUGAAUAAAUGGCUAAAAUAUUUAAAAAAAAAGU